UAGACGCCUUAGCUGCUUUUGAUUGAACGAAGGACAAACUUAGGCAAGGAAUAUUACUACUUUCUAAGUCAGGAAAACAAUGGAUCAAGGAGAAGAGAUUAAUGAUGAAGGUGGAAAAGAAUUAGCUGAUACAGGAGAGACAGAAGCAACUGAAACAGUGGAUGAUGUGACGGAAGAGCACCCAGGAGAGACCACGGGACAGACCACCAGAAUGACCGCAGGAGUGUCCACAGAAGGAACCCAGCUGGAUUCCAAAGAGCAGGAGGGCUGGGAGGAGCAAGAGUAUGGCAGAGGCACGAAAGAAGAAAGUAUGGAGAGAGAGAAAUCACCGAGUAGGGACCCAGAAACCCCUGACACAAAGGCCAAAAAAGUGAGACUGUGGGGCAGUGCACAGGGUACACAGGAUGGGCUACCUGGAAAGAGGGGAAAGCGGCGCCUUACAAAGGAGGGAGCACCAGUGGAGCCCCCCGCCAGGACAUUUGAAGGGCUGUUAUCGCAGGUCCCUGUCCCCGAGUCUUAUUUGACUAAAAUAAAGGCCAUAAAGGAGGCUUUGAAGACGACAGUGGCAGAUUUUACAGCCACAGUAAAAGUUAUGCUUAUUCCUGUGGACCAGAUAGUUACAUUUAAUUUUAAAAUUGGUGUCUUGUUAAAACAACUCAAGGCACACUUUUCAGAGCUCUUACAAAUACCAUCUAGAACUAUACAACUCACGUACCGAGGGAGAGUUCUAAAAGAUUCUGAAACCUUAAUGCAUCUUGGAGUUAAGCCAGAAGACACUGUAAAUUUGGAAUUAGUUUCCUUAAAUCCAACUCGUUAUCCAAUCAAACCAGUAUUUCGAAAAAUACAUGGUGUUCACGAUGUCAUAACUGUCAGAGUGCAAACUGGUGCUAAAGUGUACCAGGAUAUAACUGUUGAGAUUGAAAGAAUUGACUUCCACAAACCAUUUCUGGGUGGCUUCAGACAUAAAAUAACAGGGACAGAAUAUCAUAAUGCAGGGACACAAACAGUACCCAAAAAGGCACCUGUAAAAAUGAACAUCUUUUCUAGAGAUACCCAGACGGUCACUGAGAGAAAAAAGCUCAUAGCAACUACAAGUAGAACAUCUACACAGAUGACUAAAAUUGGCGUGUAUGUGUCUAAUAUGACUGAUAAACUGAUCACUCCAGGAAAAUAUUUUACAGCAGCUCAGUAUCAUGCACGAAGAUUGGCAGCAGUAAUAGUGAUCCAAAAAUAUUACCGAAGGUGGCAUGCAAAAAAAUUAGUAGAAAGAUUAAGAGAACAAAAAAGAAAAAGAUUGGAGUGGGAAAUACAAGAAAAAAUAAGGAAGGAAAAGGAAAAAAGAGAGUGGCUGCAAAGAGAUUAUGAACGGAGGAUAAAUCCACAAACAAAUGAUGAUUUUGAACUUCUUUUCCAUGCUUUGGAAGUCUGGAGGCAAGAACAACUCAAACACAUUGACGAUAAUUUCACUGGAGCUAAAAGGAAAGCUGCUUUAUGUGAACUUUUAGAAAAAGAAACACAAAUAAUUGCUUCCAUUGGGAGGCAGAGAAUCCGUGCCAAUAAUCAGAAGUAUGAAAAGUCAAUAUUCUCAUUCUUGGAUAAGUGUUCAGCUCCAAAGAUGUGGGUAUCAUUUGAUAAUAAGGAAACAUUAAUGGAUACACAAUAUACCAUCAGAGCCAGAGAGCUGCAAGAUAUCUAUAACUGCAUUAUAAUUAAAAACAUCUGUGAUGAUGAGAGGCUAGACGUGCUGUUGACGCUGAAACACACUGUGAAGGAACAUGAAUGUAAACUGACCCAGGACAUCUUAGAAUUGAUUGACCGAGAAGUUGAUCUUAUGAUGAGAGGAGUUAAAAGGUGUAAUCUUGAAGGACUCAGAAAAAGAAUAGCUACACUGUUUCUUCAGUACAUUAAAACACCAUUGUUUAAUCCUGAAGUCGCCAGGUACCUCAAGGUUCCUCAAGACCCAACAAAGUUUUACAAAAAUAUUUACUUUUGUCGAAGUUGUGAGAUGUAUUUGCCAUCUACAGAGUUCUCCAUUUCAUCCACUUCAUACCAUGUUAGCAGAUGUCGUCAGUGCUGUAUGCUUGAUAAUGAAGCCCGACAACGGGAAGCAUUUUUGAAAUACAAGGUUUUACUCAAACAGCUCUAUCAGUCAGAAGCUGAUUACGAAGACGAUUCUAAGAUUGCUUAUCUGAUGCAGUUACAAGAUCUCCAGUAUCUGAUUGAAAACGUUUGGGCUUCCCAGUCAGUCCUCAGCGCUUGGGACGAUCUCUAUGAUUUGGUCAUUGUCAGAUGGAACAAAACGCAGGAAUGGGCCCCUUGGAACUGUAUUCUCCUGACUAAAGAUGAAGCAGAUGCUCAUCUCAAGAUGAAGAGCCUUGAAGAGGGAUAUGAACCCGUGUUUAUUCACAGGAUCAAGCACAAGCACAUUCUAGCUAAGAACUAUUUUUCCCAGAUUCCAAUGAUGGCUGCAUUUUUACAAUGUGAUGACACUGAAGAUGAAGCAAAGGAGGAAGAAAGUAAUGCACCGAAGGAGAAAGAAAGUAACCAAACAGAGGAGGAAAAAGAUAAGGAAACAAGACUGUCUAUAAUGCCUACACCUAUACUUGAAGACACAGAGGCGUGAUGCCUUCCACAUUAGUGUUUUCCUCUGUGGCUAUUUGAGUAACAUAACUGUAAUGCAAGUAAAGGAAAGGAUUUGUGCCUUUUUGUGGCAUUUCUUAAUGACUUAUCUUUAGG